AUGACAUAUAGCGAAUCUGUUGAGCAAAAAGCAAGCGAUGAGCAAGAUUACGAGGAGUACGAUAAAAGCAUGAUGCCUGAAAACCUGCCUCAUAAGAUCGAGAAACUUGAGAGUCAGAAGAAGCGUAAUAUGGAUGAAACUGAAGUCAUCGAUUUGGGUGAUGAAGAAACGAAAAAAGAAACACGAGUCAGCAUAUACUUGGAGGCUGAAAGAAAGCAGGAAUUGAGAAGUUUGCUCAAGCAAUACAUUAAUUUAUUUGUUGAUUGUUUUACGAGAUAUCAUCAAAUUUUGAUGGACGAGAAUGAUGCAGAAAAGAUAGCCUUUAUCACUCCGUGGGGAGUAUACUGUUACAGGGUAUACAUUGUUGGAGCGGACCUGUUGCGCAUUGACCUGGGUUGCGCAAAAGUUAAGGCACCACCAGUCCGCAUAUACCACGUACUUAAUUUUGAGAAUAGAUCCACUCAAGUAUAUCUUUCAGAAGCCAAUGCCUACUGGAAAGGUGGCAAAAUGGCAGAUCUUGUUGAAAAUCAAGUGGAUCAAGAUCACACGCCGCCCAAUGCCUACUUUUCUAAUAAAAAGGUAUUGUUUGCGGGAGAGGACAUCUUAGAACCAUAUGAUAGAUGGAGGAUGUUCUUCGAUGGAGUAGCAAACUUCAAAGGAGUCAGAAUUGGAGCAGUCCUAGUUUCAGAAAUAGGUCAACAUUACCCAAUCUCGGCAAAAAUUAGGUUUCCUUGCACGAAUAAUAUGGCAGAAUAUGAGGCUUGCAUUCUCGGGCUUAGGAUGGCAGUAGACAUGGACAUUAAAAAGCUAUUGGUGAUAGGAGAUUUAGAUUUGUUGAUCCAUCAGGUGCAAGGAGAAUGGACCACCAAGAAUGUCAAAAUCCUUCCUUAUGUGCAAUGUGUGAAGGAAUUGAGCAAAAGGUUUACGAAGAUCGAAUUCAAGCAUGUCCCUCAAAUUCAAAAUGAGUUCGCCGAUGCCUUGGCGAUACUAUCUUCAAUGAUUCAGCAUCCAGAUAAGAAUUACAUCGAUCCCAUCAAAGUAGAGAUACGCGACCAACAAGCUUACUAUUUCCAUGUAGAUGAAGAGCCAGAUGGAACGUCAUAG